GAGAAGGGCAAUAACUCAUUAGCAGAAGCUCUGUAUGUGUGUGUCUGCUCUUUGCCAGAUAUCUACAAGGGAGUUUCUUCAGAGUGCAGAGAAACCUGUGGACUGCCAGGAUAUUAUAAGUCUUUCCUUGAGAUGUCAGCCAAGAGCUUCAAUACAGUCAUAGUUGCUACUGUGCUUACUUUCUUCCUACAGAUACAACUGUCAGUGCAAGCGCCGCUGAAUGGGUCGAAAUGGUCUUAUAUCGGUCCUGAUGGAGAGAAAGCCUGGCCAAAGAAAUAUCCAUUUUGUGGAGGAGUAUUCCAAUCGCCGAUAGAUUUUCACAAAGAUAUUCUCCAGUACGAUUCUAAUCUCUUGCCCUUAGAAUUUAUAGGCUAUAAUGUGCCCUCCACUGACCAGUUUACAUUGACCAAUAAUGGUCAUUCAGUGAAAAUGUAUCUGUCGCCUACUAUGUACAUCAGAAACCUCCCGUUUGAGUACACUGCAUCUCAACUUCACCUACACUGGGGCAACAGAAACAAGUCAGAAGGCUCGGAGCACACCAUCGGUGGGAAGCAUUUUGCAGCAGAGCUGCAUAUUGUACAUUACAACUCUGAGAAAUAUCCGGAUAUAACAGCAGCAAUGGACAAAGCGGAUGGGCUGGCGGUUCUGGCUAUUCUUCUUGAGAUCGGACCUUUCAACCCAACAUAUGAAAAGAUCUUCAGGCAUUUCCGGAAUGUGAAAUACAAGGAUCAGAUGGCCCAAGUUCCUGGUUUCAACAUCCAAGAGCUGCUUCCCGACAGACUGGAUGAGUAUUAUCGCUAUGAAGGAUCCUUGACAACUCCUCCUUGCUACCCUAGCGUUCUCUGGACAGUUUUCCGACACCCUGUUAAAAUUUCACAAGAACAGUUACGGGCGCUGGAAACAGCCAUGUAUUGCACAGAGAGUGACGACCCAGAACCCCUGGAAAUGGUUGAUAACUUCCGCCACGUUCAGAAGUUUGAUGAACGACUGGUUUUUAUCUCCUUCCAUGAAGGUGUCGUUGUUUCUGUUGUGAUAGCCUGCAUUGUGGGAGUUGUCAUUAUUCUUGCAGUAGCCUUUUGGCUAUUCAAGAGGAAAAGCUGCAAAAAGGGAGAAGACAAUACAAGAGUCAUCUACAAGCCAGGCAGGGACAAGGAGGAAGAAGAUACCUCCGAAGUAUGAGACUCUUCUUUGUCAAAAAAAGCCCCUUUUCACUCAUAGCACUGACAGAAUUUUGCAUUGGCAAACACAUCUCGUGUUCCUGGCUAAUGAUAAACCUCAAGACUGUUCAAAAAAACCUAACAGCCAAAACAUUUUUGUAGCUCUUGCUCUCUGGUUUUCGGGGAGAUACGAUCCGUGAAUACUCCUGAGAGAGAAUUCCUCCCCACAUUCUUUUCAUGUUGGCCGUCUGCUGGGUCUGAGUCUUUUAACUGAUUUUACAGUUAAUACUAAACGCUAAUUUUAUGGUUUGUUUAGCAUAGAUUUUCCCAUAAGUAUUCAAAUCUGAAGACAUUCAUCAAGCUACAAGCACUCUUCCCUGCUAAAUAAAGGGAGGAUAACUCAGGAACAGCAUCAUGCAUAUAGACAAGGUAAAGGGCUAUGUGCAUCUGAGUUACUGUCAGAUCAAGAUUUGAACCAGGUUGGUCAGCUGAUACAGUGUUUUAAAUCACAGCAAAUGAUGGUAUCACAUCCACCGGUGGGUUUGCCCCAUUCAGAAAUAUUAGAGGAAAAGGCAAGUGUAAAUGCAGUGAGAUCCACAUGGACUGUUAAAGGGGUUCAGCACAAAGAGUCAGUGCUGAAAACACAGAUCUACUGCUUGAGGAAUGACCCUCUUUCCAGUCAUUAUAUAGCCUCACAAAUGUGUUAUGGAGGUCAGUUCUCAGAAUGACUGUAUGUCUGCUGGCCUGGCUCUGGAAUUACAGAGGCAUCUUGUCAGUCUUUCAUGUCUUAUUAUCCUGAUCUUAUUUGUAGUGUGCACGAGUGAUGCUGGGAUAAGGCAGUUGCUGCUACUUUUAAGCAGACUAAUUUCUAUUUAAUCAUUAAAACUUGAUUGAUUUUACAGCAUAUAUUAUAAAUGCAAUUAUACAGUAAAGGUUGCUGAUUUAGUUCUCUGAACUCAGUAAUUCAAUUAUUAGAAGGUAAUUAAAAUUGUCACUUCAAAUCUCAUAAA